AAAAAAAAUACAUACUCCUGCUCUGCCAGUGCCAAUCACCCUCCGUCCUCCCUCCUGGACUCCUGGCUCCCUCCUAGUUAAACCACCUCCGUUCUGUCCCGGUCCACCUCCUCUGCAGCUGCAGCUGCAACUGCAAUUGCAAGCUCCUCCACGCUGGCCAUGGCGUCCACGGCUCCUCCGCGGGAGGACCUCAUCACGGAGGACGACGAGCAGCGGCCGCCCCUCACGCGGCCCCUUCUCCACCGCAGCGCCACCAACAACAUCUCCCAGGUGGCCAUGGUCGGCUCCAAGGCCUGCCCCAUCGAGAGCCUCGACUACGAGAUCAUCGAGAACGACCUGUUCGACCAGAACUGGAGGACGAGGGCCAAGGCGGACCAGGUGCGGUACGUGGUGCUCAAAUGGACCUUCUGCUUCGCCAUCGGCGUCAUCACCGGCGUCGUCGGCUUCCUCAUCAACCUCGCCGUCGAGAACGUCGCCGGAUUCAAGCACGCCGCCGUCUCCUCCCUCAUGGAGUCCAGCAGCUACUGGACGGCCUUCUGGGUGUUCGCCGGCGCGAACCUGGCGCUGCUGCUGCUCGCGACGGCGAUCACGGCAUCGGUGUCGCCGGCGGCCGGCGGGUCGGGGAUCCCGGAGGUGAAGGCCUACCUCAACGGCGUGGACGCCCCCAACAUCUUCUCGCUCAGGACCCUCGCUGUCAAGGUCAUCGGCAACAUAGCCGCCGUGUCAUCGUCGCUGCACGUCGGCAAGGCCGGGCCGAUGGUGCACACGGGCGCGUGCAUAGCCGCCAUCUUCGGCCAGGGCGGGUCGCGCAGGUACGGCCUCACCUGGCGCUGGCUACGCUACUUCAAGAACGACCGCGACCGCCGCGACCUCGUCACCAUCGGCGCCGGCGCCGGUGUCAGCGCCGCGUUCCGCGCACCAGUCGGCGGCGUCCUCUUCGCCCUCGAGUCCCUCUCCUCGUGGUGGCGGAGCGCGCUGAUCUGGCGUUCCUUCUUCACGACGGCGGUGGUGGCGGUGGUGCUGCGGCUGUUCGUGGAGCUGUGCGGGACGGGGCGGUGCGGGAUGUUCGGCAAGGGCGGGCUCAUCAUGUACGACGUGAGCACCCUCUUCGAGGACCUCAUGACGUACCACCUCAAGGACAUCCCCAUCGUCGUCCUCAUCGGCGUCAUCGGCGCCGUCCUCGGCGCCUUCUACAACUUCCUCAUGAUUCAGGUCCUCCGCGUCUACAGCGUCAUCAACGAGCGAGGCCGCGCGCACAAGCUGCUGCUGGCGGCGGCCGUCUCCGUCCUGACGUCGUGCUGUGUGUUCGGCCUGCCGUGGUUCGCGCCGUGCCGGCCGUGCCCCGCGGAGCCCAAUGCCACCUGCGGCUCCCUCAACAAGUUCCGGCGGUUCCACUGCCCGCCGGACCACUACAACGACCUGGCCAGCCUCAUGCUCAACAUCAACGACGACGCCAUCCGCAACCUCUACGCCACCGGCACCAACGACGUCUACCACCCGGGCUCCAUGCUCGCCUUCUUCCUCGCCUCCUACGUGCUCGGCGUGCUCAGCUACGGCGUGGUGGCGCCGUCGGGGCUCUUCGUCCCCAUCAUCCUCACCGGCGCCACGUACGGCCGCCUGGUGGCCAUGCUGCUGGGCAGACAUUCCAACCUCGACCACGGCCUGGUGGCCAUCCUCGGCUCGGCGUCCUUCCUCGGCGGCACGCUCCGGAUGACGGUGUCCGUGUGCGUCAUCAUCGUGGAGCUCACCAACAACCUGCUCCUCCUGCCGCUUGUCAUGCUCGUCCUGCUCAUCUCCAAGACCGUCGCCGACUCCUUCAACGCCAGCAUCUACGACCUCAUCGUGCGCCUCAAGGGCCUGCCCUACCUCGACGGCCACGCCGAGCCCUACAUGCGGCAGCUCAGCGUGGGCGACGUGGUGGUCGGCCCGCUGCGGAGCUUCAACGGCGUGGAGAAGGUCGGCCACAUCAUGCACGUGCUCCGGACCACGGGACACCACGCGUUCCCGGUCAUCGACGAGCCGCCGUUCGCGACGGCGCCCGUGCUCUACGGCCUGGUGCUCAGGGCGCACCUCCUCGUGCUCCUCAGGAAGCGGGAGUUCCUCCCCGCGCAGGAGCGGUACCCCAAGGAGUACAACAUCGCGGCGAGGUUCGAGGCGCAGGACUUCGACAAGCGCGGCUCUGGCAAGCAGGACACGGUGGACGGCGUGGAGCUGUCGCCGGAGGAGAUGGAGAUGUACAUCGACCUGCACCCCUUCACCAACGCGUCGCCAUACACCGUGGUGGAGACCAUGUCGCUGGCCAAGGCCCUCGUCCUCUUCCGCGAGGUCGGACUGCGCCACCUCCUCGUCGUGCCCAAGGCAUGCGACAGGUCGCCGGUGGUCGGGAUCCUGACGAGGCACGACUUCAUGCCGGAGCACAUCCUGGGGCUGCACCCCGUGCUGCUCGGAGGCCGGUGGAAGCGGCUCCGGUGGCACAAGGCCGCCGUCGGCAAGUACUUCCGCGACCUCAUCGUGCGGCUCGCCAACUGCGGCUGAAGCAUAAAAACAAACGUAAAUAUUACUACCCGCAUUCUGCUGGCAGAAUGUUUGGGGUGAGGAUCAAUUUUUGCGCACCUGUGAAGAAAUAAUUCCAAAAACACUGUUUUCUUUUUCUCAUCUUAUUAUUAUCUUGAUUCGUUACUUGUAUAUUUGCUCCCGAAAACAGAGUGGUGGUCAGUGUAUAUCCGUUCGAUUUGCCACGUCUUACACCGCAGUUCUUUGUGUACAUUAUUAACGACAGGAAGAUGUCCUUUCCGGAACUUAA